AUGCGGAGCCUUGACCCCGGGGCGAUGGUCGAGGGACGAGGACGAGAGUCGAAGGGUGACUCUGCAGGUGGAACGGUCUCCGAGAGGGUCGGGAUAUUCCAUAUCCGUUUCCUUGUCCCAAAGCGGAGGCUGGUCGAGCUAGUUGUUGUCCCAUUUUCGGUGUCGCAGCGGCAACGCAUGAUCGUUGCCGAAAUGUCGACAACGCUAUCUCCAGAGCAGAGUUUGACUGCCCCGAGCUGGCAAUUGGAGACUUUCGGGUACCUGAAAGUGUGCCAAACCUUGACUCGCAAAGUUUGGUAA